AUCUCUAUCACAUUCCGCUCUCGCGGGCGAAAAAAAGUGCAGCGAAAAGUUGGUGCUCCAGUGUCUAGGAAAUAAUCUAAAGUAUUGCUUUUCGCUUAGCGCGCAAUAAAAAAUAUAAUCCGUGGGAACAAUUAUAUUUCGUUUUGAUUGAUUAUCCCGUCGUGGUUAUUUGUUUGUCUGUGCGAGCUGCAAGAGGGAAGAAAUUCGAGGAUAAAACGAAACACUGAUAAGCACGAAUCGUGGGAAGAAAACAAGAAAAACAGCGAAUUGCAUUUUGCGCCUGCACCAAUCUCACACACUCAUUGCACCAGGAACAAUUUUAAGAAGAAGACUGAACCCACACAAUACUUGUAAACUAGUGAAUCAAAAGCCACCGCUCAAAUAACUCAGAAAUACCAAAUCAAGAACCCAGAGUAAUCCACUUGUCGGAGACCGAGAGACCAAGCCAAUCCAAGCCAGGAAGAUGUCGUCGCGUUCCAAGGAGAGAGUUGUCACUGCAUUCCGCAAAAUCUUCCACAAGUCCAGCAAUAACAAUAACAACAACAAUAACAACCAUAAUAAUAAUAUAAAUAAUAACAACAAUGACAAGGUUGAUGGCGCCACUGGCAGCAGUCCGAACAUAAACAACAAUAACAAUCACGAGGGGGCAGCUCCCUCCUCGGCGGGAUGCGGCGGUGCAAUGGGCGGUGGAGCCGUGGGCGGCGGAUCAUCCGGAUCAUCUGGUGCCUCCAAGAAUGCAGUUGUGCGAAUGGCAGCCGAGCAGGCUGUUUGGGACUCCCCAGGCAAGCGGCGACGACAAGAUCACAAGGUGGCGCCGACGACGGGACGUCAACUGGUGGCGGCGCCGGAUCAAACCAUUCGAUCCCGCCGCCUCAUGAAGGAGUACCGCGAAAUGGAGCGACUGCAGUGCAAGAACGAUGCCGUCUUCACGGUGGAACUCGUCAACGACAGUCUGUUCGAGUGGCACGUACGCCUCCACGUGAUUGAUCCCGACUCGCCUUUGGCCAAAGACAUGGUCGAGAUGGGUGUGCCGGCCAUCCUCUUGCACCUGAGUUUCCCCGACAACUUCCCCUUCGCCCCGCCGUUCAUGCGCGUGGUGGAGCCGCGCAUCGAGAAGGGUUACGUGAUGGAGGGCGGCGCCAUCUGCAUGGAACUCCUAACGCCCCGCGGAUGGGCCAGUGCCUAUACGGUGGAGGCGGUCAUCAUGCAGUUCGCAGCCAGCGUGGUCAAGGGUCAGGGCAGGAUCACGCGCAAACCAAAGAGUACAAAGGAGUUCACUCGUCGGCAAGCCGAGGAGUCGUUCCGUUCGCUGGUGAAGACGCACGAGAAGUAUGGAUGGGUGACGCCCGCCCUGUCCGAUGGUUAAGUGCCGACUCCGGACCGCAAGGGAACUCAGCUCAGAUGCUCUGCGUUUGCCAACCACCCAACCAACAAUGCAAUUUAAUAUUCAGCCACCCAGCAAAAAAAAACUUGCUCAUAGUUAUCCAUCAAGCCAUCAUCUAUCCUAUCUACUUAGCCAAGUAACGAACGAUUUCAAUUGCAAACCAUCCAAAACGCAACAGGAGGAACUCUUGGAAACAAAAAGAAAUACACAAAGAACGAAGGAAAAUGCGCGCAUCAAGCAACAAAUUAGCUUAAAGUGUAACUCUAGCUCGUAGUCGUCAGUAAAACGGAAAUUUCGUCGAAUACAAAAUGGAUAAUUAAGUAUUAUUAGUUGAACAGAAACGAAAAGCCAAGAACGAUGAACAGCCACUUUCCAAAACAUUUUCAAUCGCCUAGCGCUUAUUAUUAAGUUACGAAAGGAUUACAGAAUCAAUUAGUCUGAUAUCUUGGUUCGUCUGUGUUAUUAUUAUUUCUUGUGAUUUUUGUUAAAGUUAAACAAUAUUGAAGAAACCAAAUUACAACAGCAGCUUGUAAACAUGAGUGUGUUCCUCAUAAUUCGCUCUUUUUCUUUAAGUUAAUCAUAAUGAAUAAAUAUAACAUGUGUCCA